CUUAUGUUUUACAUCUAAAGUAGUAUUUAGCUUUCAUUCUGCUACUGUCACUCUUUGUACUUGACUAUUGCGAAUCGUGUUGCACCAUUUAUUCGGUAAAUUUCGGAUGUUACUUUACCCAUAAGCAUUCACAGUAUUCAGAAAAAAUUCUUGAAAUUUUCUUAAAAAAACAAUUUGUUUAUCAUGAAAAUUCUUUUUUUAUCGGUGUGUUUGGUUGUACUGAUAGCUAUGAGUCAUCAUACGGUAGCUAGUGACCUUUCAUUAGACUUGAACGAUCCGGUUUUGGAUGCUUUAGCAGAAGGAAAAACGCAAAAAAGAGUUCCAACAGCAUCAGAGGAUGAUCGAACUAAACGACAACUAUCAAUAGUGCAAAGCAAAUUGUUAAAUUUUCUUAAACCAAUGCCUGUAGUAGAUGUUAUCACUGAAAAAGAAAAAUAUGGAAAUAAAGAAACUCAUAAGUUUGGACGAGCAUUAAUAAGUGGAUUUGAAACUAUUUCAAGCAAAUUAACAUCAGUUCUAUCAUUACCCGUAGAAUCAGCAAAAAAAAUAUCUAAAAGUACUACAAAUGCAUUAAAUAAUGUAGGAGGCAGAUUAGUAGGGUUACAGUGAUGUUCGAUUUAUCAAAUAUCGUUAAUAUAAACCAAUUAUUUUUACAUUUUAAAAACUGUAGUGCUAGUAAAAAUUGAAAAUGUAAAUAAAUUACAAAAAGAAUUGUAGUUAGGCCAUUUUUGAUUUAAGUUCUAAAAAUAAUGCUAUGUAAACUUUAAAAUUUUAUUAAAUAUUCGUACUUAAUUAUUAUUAUAUUUUACAAAUAUAUAAAGAAUUCACACUAUAUAUUGUAUUCUAAUUUAAUUAUUUUAAUUUUUAAAAUGACGUUAUUUAUUAUGUAUAAUUAUCUGUUCAUAUUAUGAUUUUAUCUUUUAAAUAAAAAUGUAAAUAGUUAAAUUAUUACCCAUUUUUAAUUUUUAAUUGUAAAUUUCCUAAGUACCUACAAUCAAUGAUACUCUAAGAAACAAUUAUUUUACAACUAGAACAGUAAUUUAAUACCAACAAAAUUGCAAAAAUUGUUUUACAGUCCUAACUCAUAUCAAGUUCUUACAGCUAUGAUUGUAUAAUAUUUAAUUAUUUUGAAAAAUGUAUACAUUUAGAUUAACAAAACUGAAAAAUAUUAAUGUACUUAAAAUAAAUUCUUUAAAUAUGAAUUCAAAUGAAAAUUACUGUUCUAUUUUUUUUACAUUUUAAUAUGUG